GGCUAAAAAUUAUCGUUAGGUAGAAUGUUGUUCUAAAAUACAAUUUAUAUCUAAUAAUUAUUUUUUUAUUGAAUAGAUUAAGGGUGUUUUCGUAAUACGUUCCGAACUUGUUGCUCAAAUAUCAAGAGAUCAAAUUUCUCGAGCGAAAAUAGACAAUGAACUUUCGAUUUCUGUAUUAACUCAAGAUGCACAAGCUAUUAAAGCUCAUAAUGCUGUGUUCAUCUGAUUUCAAUUAUUUAUUGAAGUUCUUGUUCAUAUGAAUCAUAAAUCGACUGAUCGUAAUGAACUUGUUGGUAUUUGUAAAAAUAAUUACAAAGAUAAUUCACAAGAAAUGAGUAUUAUUGAUGAUUUUGAAAAGAAUUAUACAGCAGAAAGAGCUAUCUGGUAA